AUGUCUAGUUAUCCUGGUACCUACAUCCCGCCUCUGGCUCCCGCUGCUGGACCUCCCCGUCGAACGUACGGAAAGAAGCGCAUAUUAGACCCGGAGCUAUUAAACUUACAAGAAACUGGUCUUAUGGCCAAGAAACCCCGAACGCUCGCAUCUCUUCCCGUUAAUGGACCCAAGCCUUCGCCUCUACUCAAACACCCACAGCUUUUAUCUUCGUCUCCCGUCAAACGUGUAGGGCAGACCAAAACUUACUGGACUCGCCCUUCUUGGAACCCAGAUCCAAACCAAAGCGUGGAAUGCUCCGCCGGACGUCCUCGACACGCAAACCUCCCAUACUCCAACCACCAAAGGUCAUCACUUCUCGUCAUUUCUCGCUUAGCAAGGUCAGAAUCACCUCAAGUUUCCAAUCCUACGCAUCAGGGUGAACUUAGAAGAAAGACUUCAGAAGCUACAACUACGGUUUCUGUACCCUUCUCAGACGAACACUCGUGGCUAGUCCCUCCGCCACCCCGUGUUCGAGCUACAAGGACAAAGUAUAUCACCUCCGGAGAUGCUGAGUUUUCAUUUAACCCUCCUGCCGAAUCGACGUGGCACCAAACGAGUCCCACUCCUCGUGCAAAUAUGCAUCGUCCUGGGAAAAGACAUGACAGCAUUCUGUCUACCGACUCGGACGAGGACGGGGACACGGUCGGCGUGACAAAGCUCCUCAGCGCCGCGCCUCUCUUGCCCAAAAUAAAACCCAAACCCAGGAGGUCCAUAGACCUCGAUAUAAAUAAUGACACAACACCGAGAGCACCGCCCCUCAUCGAACAGUUAUGUCGCUCGCGCUCGGGUUCGCUGAAUACAACUAUUCGCCCACUUAACCUCAGUUUCAGGCAGACAAACGCCACGGACGCGGAUGACGAGAUGGAGGCGAAUAGACCAAUGAUGACGAAGAAUGACCCCGCUGUGCGUGCUUUGGCAGACGCAUGUGCAUCUAUGGGGCUAAACGAACCGGGCCAAUCACGUCCUCCUGCUAUUCAUCUCCAGAAUUCGAGCCCCACAAACCGCCCCGCUCGGCGGCAUCGCAAGUCCCGGUCGGCUGGGCACUCUUCCGCUCACCGGCUUUCUCCGGGAACCGUGCAUAAGUUAUCGCAACGGCCUCGAGUCGGGAUGCGUAUCGAGCCAAAGGCUUUGAGCCCAAAUGAAGACACCGACAUAUUCGCUACUUAUGAUUUUGACAAGGGAAUCAUACCUGGCUCUGGGUGA